AUGGACCGGAAGGACGUUACACUGCCUCCUACGCCGCCCGAAACCGUAAUCGACGGCGAAGAUGACAAGACCUUCGACGACGGGAAGGACCUACUCAACUUUCCACUCCCACCGCCGACUAAAGUCCCUGCGAAGGUACUCGACGUGGACCAGCCGACACCGGACUCACAUGUACCGCGGGAUCCUCGUUUAAUUCGGUUAACCGGCGUUCAUCCUUUCAAUGUUGAAGCGCCGUUGACUGAUCUCUUCAACGAAGGAUUCUUGACUAGUCCGGAACUAUUCUAUGUGCGGAAUCAUGGAGCGGUACCGGUUGUUCGAGACGAAGAUAUUCCCAAUUGGGAGUUUACAGUAGAGGGCAUGGUAGCCAAUCCUUUGAAGAUCACUCUCAAAGAACUCUUGUCUGAUUAUGAGAACGUCACGUAUCCGAUCACACUCGUAUGUGCGGGUAACAGGAGAAAAGAACAAAAUGUAGUUCGCAAGUCGAAAGGUUUCUCAUGGGGCCCAGCUGGCGUAUCAACGGCGUUGUUCACCGGCGUGGUGAUGAGGGACGUUAUUGAGAGAGCGAAACCACUAAGGAGAGCAAGAUAUGUGUGCAUGGAAGGUGCCGACAAAUUGCCUAACGGCUACUACGGCACCUCAGUCAAGCUCAACUGGGUCAUGGACUCCAAUCGCGGAAUCAUGCUUGCCCACAAGAUGAACGGAGAGAUGCUAAGGCCGGAUCAUGGGCAGCCACUACGAGCGGUCAUUCCAGGCCAGAUUGGAGGUCGGAGUGUGAAGUGGUUAAAGAAGCUUAUCAUCACUGCUGAACCAAGCGAUAACUGGUAUCACAUCUACGAUAAUAGAGUUCUCCCCACCAUGAUUGACCCGGACGAGGCUGCGAAAAACAAAGCCUGGUGGAAGGAUGAGCGCUACGCAAUCUAUGACCUAAGCCCAAAUUCAGCAACAGCAUGCCCGGCGCACGGCGAGACGCUUGACCUCUCCAAAGCUCUAGAGACGUACACAAUAAGAGGUUAUGCGUACAGCGGUGGCGGGCGUCGCAUAACUCGCGUGCAAGUCUCCAUCGACCAGGGCAAGCACUGGCGUCUGUGCAACAUCGAAUACGCGGAGGAUAGGUAUCGGGCGUUCGAGGACAAGGAGCUCUUUGGCGGACGGCUCGACAUGGAUUGGCGGGAAACCUGCUUCUGUUGGUGCUUCUGGAAUCUAAACGUGCUGGUUGAGGAGUUAAAGGACGCAAAGGACAUUAUCGUUCGAGCGAUGGAUGAGAGCAUGAACAUGCAGCCAAGAGAUAUGUACUGGUCGGUUCUGGGCAUGAUGAACAACCCAUGGUAUCGCAUAGUCAUCCACAACGAGCACGGCACACUACGCUUCGAGCAUCCGACACAGCCUGCGCUUAUCCCUGGAGGUUGGAUGGACAGGGUGAAGAAGGCAGGCGGGAACCUAACGAACGGCUAUUGGGGCGAGAAGAUAGAGGGUGAAGAGGCAGAUGUGGUGGAAACAGAAGCCCCGAAAGAGAUCAAGAUGACGAAGGACGGUGUCGACCACGAGAUCUCGAUCGAUGAACUGAGAAAACACGAUAACGCGGAGAAGCUGUGGUUCGUCGUUAAUGGCGAGGUGUACGAUGGGACGAAGUUUCUGGAAGAUCACCCUGGUGGUGCGCAGAGCAUUAUUUCGGCGGCGGGACUGGAUAGUACGGAUGAAUUCAUGGCGAUUCACAGCGAAACUGCCAAAGCUAUGAUGCCAGACUACCACAUCGGCUCACUCGACGAAGCAUCCCGCCGCAUCCUCGCGGAAGGCGAACCGACCACCACAUCGGACAAACCACGUCCCGUCUUCCUUGACAGCCGCGUCUGGAACAAGGCGAUCCUCCACUCCAAGGUUGCCGUGUCAUGGGACACACGCGUCUUCACCUUCAGGCUAGAUUACGAUGAGCAACCUCUCGGCCUCCCUACCGGGCAGCAUCUCAUGAUCCGGCUAAAGGACCCAGUUACCCGUGAAUCUAUCAUCCGCUCCUACACGCCGAUAUCGGAAACCACAAAGAAAGGAUACUGCGACGUCCUCGUUAAAGUGUACUACGAUACUAAGGAGCGAGCAGGCGGCAAGAUGACCAAAGCGUUGGAUGCUAUCCCGAUCGGACACUUUGUCGAAUUUAAGGGCCCCAUUGGCAAGUUCGAAUACCUCCGCCGCGGUCUCUGCACGGUCAACGGCAAAGAGCGAAGAGUAAAGCGCUUCUUCAUGAUCUGCGGCGGCUCCGGCAUAACGCCUAUCUUCCAAGUCCUACGUGCAGUUAUGCAGGACAAGCAGGAUCCUACGACGUGCGUCGUACUCAACGGCAACCGCCUCGUCGAAGACAUUCUCUGCAAAGAGGAUCUGGAUGUCUUUGCACGGGACAACGUGGACAGGUGUAAGCUAUUGUAUACUCUUACCCAAGGUCCAGAUGACUGGACGGGACUCAGGGGCCGGAUAGGGGGCCCGCUUCUUAAAGCGCACUGUGCUAGGGGCGCGGAGGGCGAGUCGUUGGUCUUGAUAUGUGGACCGGAGGCGUUGGAGAAGAGUGCGCAUCGGGCUUUGAAUGAGCAGGGGUGGCCGGAUGACGAUCUGUUGUUCUUUUAG